CACAGGCUUGAAUCGGCGUUAAGGCCAGAGCUACCUUGGUCUCCGCCUUUCUCUUCUCCCCCUCCUCCACCUUCCAACGUGAUCCUAGCUCCCUUUACUGCGUAGCAAGCGUAGCAGUCCUUGCCGUCGAGCCGGCGACCCACUACCAGAGAUCUUCGGCGAUUCACCAACUGGUCGUGUCCACGGGCAAGGCUAGAUGCUAUGAAGAGGAUAAAAGGGCACUGUCUCCGUUGAGCUGUGUUGUGCGCCUCAAUGACCUUGACUCGCCCCACACUCUUGGCAACAACUCUUGCUCGCAACUUCACAAACAAACCACUUUACAUCUCCAGCAACGCAAUGUCGACGAAUGCAGCUAGCUUUGAUGCGCCUCCAGCGGGCAACUGGUCUAAGCCCUUCAAUCCAUCGCCCAGUGUGCUCGGCGUCUUCAACGCCCCGUCCAGCAGCGAGUCAACCAACGAGGUCGGCAGGAUCCUGGCCUACAAUCACAAGACCUACCAUGCCUUUUUCAACGAGUCAGGCUUUCACAAUCAUAUGCCUCACGCUCUCUUGGCCGGAUAUGGCGCCCAGGCUUCUCCGCAGCAGCUGAUCGACAUCUUUGGCUUUGCCAACUACCUUGACAAGUCUUUCAGGCUGAACAACAAGGCUAAGUACGGCACCAAGCCUGAUGGGCCCUUGGAUCCUUUAACCGAGUCGGACUGGAACAACAAGCUCGGCAAAGCCGAACAUUACUGGAGGUACUUGGCCUUCUUCGACAAGCAGCUCGAGACAGACGGCAUUGCAGAUGUCUUGCUCAAGUACGUCUUUGACGAGAGAUUGCAGGACAAGCCAUACCACAUGAUGGCCAGGUUCAUGGGUGGCGUGGUGCAUCCCCUCAUCCAUACGGGCAAUGGCGUCGAAUUCAACAUCCCAGGUUGCGUUGCCGAAGGCCUCGCGAUGACCUGCAUGACCUCGUCAAAGUACGCUUUCCUUUACCCAUCGGACUGGCUCUCACACUCGUACUAUAACGACAAGAACAAGCGGUCGCUGUCGACGGGCGAAAUGAUAGCCAAGUUGCUCAAAGACGAAAAGCUGGACCGUGACAGUCUCGGUCUGUCUAGAUCCCAGCCCACUCUCGAGAGUGACCCCUUGGUCAAGAGCGGUGCAGCCGAGCACCUGCUCCAAGAGUACGUCUACGCCUGGGACAAGACUCGCGGCCCCUCACCCGAUAUACCAGGCGCGAUGGAGGACCUGGCAUGGCUCACCACCCUCCUUGUGGGCGCCGUAUCCAAAUUCGAAAAGCGCUGGAGGCACGACUUCUUUCUCGCUCACGCCCUCACCUCAUACCUCUACCUCGCAAGCAUUUUGGAGGCGCUUCCGCCUCACAAUGAGACGUCGUCCUCGGACAAGCUCUCGCCCAGAUUGGCUCUGUUGCAAGCCUAUCUGCGCAUGAUCCUUCUCAUUUGGGUGCUUCGCGGUCGUCCCGACUUUCACAUUAGCGAUCAGCUCAUGAGCGAGAGCGUCCACGUCGGUCAAAGUGAGGGACCUCAGUGGCCUGAGCUGUUGGAGGUCAUCAGGACCCACGAGGAUGAGCAUGCUGCCAAGGCACUGCGCUCCCUUUACUACCUCGAUCGCAGGUACGGCGAUCGCAAGGGAAAUAUCUUGACAGGCUACGACGACGCAGCCCAUCUCGAUGGCACGGCUUUCCUGCGGACUGCCCGACAGCUCGUGCGCCAAUUUGGCGCGCAGCAGCCUCCGCAGUCGGACAUGGACGACAUGUACGGAUGGGACUUUUCCGGGUUCUUCAGCGAUGUGCCCGACAAUGCGCCAAAAAACCGGCUGUAAUUCCACGACCGCUCAUCUUCAGCUGUCUACACUCCAUCUUUCCUUCUUGUCAAGGGCGUUCUUUUAUACCACCCCUUCAAAACAUUUCAAAUUCACCCAUCGUGUAUGGUCCUUACUGCACUUGUUAUUAUUCAAGUAGCUUGGACAGGUUUGACGAAACUCCCUUCCAAGUACAUCAGUGCCUAGGAGAGCUUGUCAUUGGCAAUGCAGGCGCGGUAGUACGUGGCGAGGCCAUCAAUGAGGCUCGGCUUGAGCGUCUCCCAGCCAAGCAGGCUCCUCGCCAGCGUCGGUCUGACAUUGCUCGUCGUCGCCACGGCAGCUUCAAAUGCUCCUUCGGGUUUCUUGAUCACGAACUUGUCCAACGAAAGGCCGGACACAGCAGACAGCUGAUGGAUGAAGCCAAGGAGAGGCACAGUGUAGGCAUUGGA